AUGGUAGAAGGCAACUUCACCUUCCUAGUUGUUGACGGCACUGGCCGCCCUUCAGACCCUGAAAGUCGAGCCGCUAUCCGGAUCUACCCACUAGACACAAACCUCAACGUGCACAAAUGGAUGACCGACGACUUCCAGUUCCUCUACCAAAACAAAACUCUACUUAGCGCAGUCUACCUCGCUACAUACGCUGUAGAUGAUCUCCGAUGCAGUACCCGCCUCUCCUCCUGGACCCAGCAACUACUCUGCAACAUCCUUUCCUCCUUGAAUCGGGAUCUGCAUGAAGCCGUAGGUCAACAGUCAUCAACGACAAUGAUAACGAUCCUGAUACUACUGUUCCCUGCCGAGUUGCUGCAGGACUUUGGAGCCUUGCGGUCGCACCUCGAAGGAGUCGGGAGAUUGCUUUUGAUCAAGGACAACGUGACGGGACUGGACGCGAAGCUUCUGUACAAGAUUCAGCAGUUUGAUCUAAGGCUGGCAUUGGCUUCUGGCCGGCCACUGCAUCUUACACUAGAAGGCAAUGGCUAUCCGACAUUGCCGAUGCCCCCAAUCGUAACGCCAGAUAUCCUGCAAAAGCUCAAGGUUCAUUCUCCACGGGUGAUUGAAGCUUUUCAGAAUUUGCAAGGUCUGACACAAGAUAUAAAAUAUGCCUUGAUUGCAAGGAAUGAUCUAAUGUGGACGGACUCCCAAUCCCAGAUCAACAACAUACAGACACAGUUGCUACACCCAAACAACAAUUAUGCGGAUAUAGACGAAGCAUUGAAACUUGGGAUGCUUGCCUUUCUUACCACACUUUCCCGAAGCCCAGUAAGAAGACCACAACUACCAGAUCUUCAGAGACGAUUUGAAACAAGCUAUACAGCGAUACAGGAUCAGAACAUGAGUCACAAGACGUUUACUAUCUGGGUAAUGAUGAUGGGCUUUUUCUCUGCGAUUGAGGUGUCGAACCCCGUAGUUGGAGACCUUUGGGGUGGUGUUGUAGAUUCCAAUCUCUUAUGGGAGACUGCGCGAGACAUGAUCUUGGCAGAAGACCUCCCGUGGAUUGAAUUUAUCCAUGAUGGACCAGCGAAGGAAGCGUUUGUCUAUCUUCAAGCGCAUAGGACUCUAGAAUAG